GCUUACAGUGUUUUUUUUUUUUGCAAUAAACUCAUUAUUUUCGAUUUAAAUUAACUUUUAACAAAAAUUAUGCUGAAAUUAAGGAGCUUAUUGCAGGCAAAAUUACUAAAUAAGAAUUGGACCAAUAAUGUCCGUUUAAUACAUGUAGGAGAAGCUGAUGUAUUGCCUACUUCAGUGGAUGCGAAUUCCGAUGAAUUCAAAGAAAAUGCAUCCGAAAUGUCGAAAUUGAUCACAGAGCUUCGCGAUAUUACUAAACAAGUUCUGUCGGGAGGUGGAGACAAAGCUAUAGAACGUCAUACUUCACGUGGCAAACUUUUAGCUCGCGAACGUAUAAAUAAACUCUUGGAUAAAGGUUCAGCUUUUCUUGAGCUAAGCACUUUGGCAGGUUAUCAGUUGUACGGAGAUGAAGUAGUCAAUUCUGGUGGCAUUAUUACUGGCGUAGGACGUGUCAGUGGAACUGAAUGUCUUAUUGUAGCUAAUGACGCUACUGUCAAAGGCGGUUCUUAUUAUCCUAUCACGGUUAAGAAGCAUAUACGUGCUCAAGAAGUAGCGCAGGAAAAUCGUUUGCCAUGCAUUUAUUUGGUUGAUUCUGGUGGUGCUAACUUACCACGUCAGGCGGAAGUGUUUCCUGAUAAAUUGCAUUUUGGUCGCAUUUUUUAUAAUCAAGCAAACAUGUCAGCCUUAGGUAUACCUCAAAUAGCUGUGGUGUUGGGCAGUUGUACUGCGGGAGGAGCAUACGUACCUGCUAUGGCUGAUGAAAGCAUUAUAGUGAAACGACAGGGUACUAUUUUUUUGGCUGGUCCGCCUUUAGUCAAAGCUGCCACGGGUGAAGAAGUGUCGGCUGAGGAUUUGGGUGGAGCUGAUUUGCAUUGCAAAACAUCGGGUGUUACUGAUCAUUACGCUGUAGAUGACGAACAUGCUCUCUUUUUAGCGCGACAAGUUGUUAGCAAUUUGAAUAUGGCAGCAACCAAUGCCUAUCAUUUAAUGUACUCCAGCAAAGAAACUAUUAAGAUAGCUCAGAGCAAUGAUAUUCGCCCAAUCGAAGAACCAAGAUAUGAUCCUAAAGAAUUGUACGGUAUUGUAGGUCCGAAUUUGACGAAAAGCUUCGAUGUUCGCGAAGUUAUUGCCCGAUUGGUAGAUGGCAGUCGUUUUACGGAAUUCAAGAAGCUGUAUGGAGAUACUUUGGUAUGUGGUUUUGCGCAGCUUUACGGUUAUCGCGUCGGCAUUGUUGGCAACAAUGGGGUAUUGUUCUCGGAAAGUGCUUUGAAAGGGGCCCAUUUUAUACAAUUGUGUUGUCAACGUAACAUACCAUUGAUAUUUUUACAAAAUAUUACUGGUUUCAUGGUAGGCCGAGAGGCAGAAGCCCAAGGCAUUGCUAAAAACGGAGCGAAAAUGGUUACGGCAGUGGCUACGGCAAAUGUGCCAAAAUUCACUGUAAUUAUUGGCGGCUCCUACGGGGCUGGAAAUUACGGUAUGUGCGGUCGCGCCUACUCUCCGAGAUUUUUAUACAUGUGGCCAAAUUCUCGUAUUUCCGUAAUGGGUGGUGUGCAAGCUGCGAAUGUUCUAGCCCAAAUUACGGCCGACCAGCGGAAAAGAGCCGGGAGAGAAUUCACCGAAGCAGAAGCCAAUAAACUCAAGGCUCCCAUUAUAGAGACUUUCGAAAAAGAGGGUUCUCCUUAUUACAGUACCGCACGCCUUUGGGAUGAUGGAAUUAUUGAUCCAGCAGACACUCGUCAAGUAUUGGGUCUGAGCUUGAAAACCGCUCUUAAUAAUCCUGGUUGUGGUACAAAAUUCGGUGUGUUCCGUAUGUAGAGAGGAGUGCAGAGGAGUGAAAAGAUUCCUAUCUCGAAUUGAAAUGAGUGCCCGAUUUAGUCAAUUUGCAUUUAUUAGGUUUUACGUACUAUAGAGGACAGUAUAAAUUACUUUUUUGUUGCUUGUAAAUAAGAUUUAUGUUGUAAAAAAGAAAAGAAUGUUAUCGUUGUAAGCAGAAAUUGGUACAAAAAUUGUAAAUAAACGUUCAAAGAAAAAAAUUUUUCAAA